UGAGCAAGCAGAGAUCAAAGCUGGCAUUUAUACAUUAGCUAUUUCUUUUUCUUUCAAAAGCCAUAGCACACUGUUACUAGCUAGCUAGAGCUUCCAUUGAAGCUCACCGUUAAUCUCCCACUACUUAUCUUUCUUCAAGCUAUAAUUGCUGAAAUCCUCGCACAUCAUCAACAAGCACAAAUUAGCUAGCUUCUCAGAUAUAUAUAUAUACAUACAUAUAUCCUUUCUGUUUAUUCUUUCUUUUAUUAAUAUAAGCUCUCUCUGAUACACUUUCCCUUUUAUAUCUUGCCUUUCAAGCACUCUCUUCUUCCUCUUCUUAUUUCUCAUUUCUUCUUCUAUUCAAUCUCUCUCUCUCUCUCUCUCUCUCUCACUCUCUCUCUCUGCAACUCCACCUCCAUACCUAGAGGGAGCAUGCCUGAAUGUCCAGAGAAAGGGAGAGAUUUGACGAGAUAGGCAAGAAGAUCAAGAGAGAAGCAGAUGCCUCAUCUCAAAUGGGAAGAAGACACAUGCUGGGUCCUCCUGGAACCCUAAAUACAAUUACUCCUUGUGCUGCCUGCAAGCUCUUGAGAAGAAGAUGUGCACAAGAAUGCCCUUUUUCUCCAUAUUUCUCCCCACAUGAACCCCAGAAGUUUGCAUCUGUUCACAAAGUUUUUGGUGCCAGCAAUGUCUCAAAGAUGCUAAUGGAGGUUCCAGAGAGCCAAAGAGCCGAUGCAGCCAAUAGUCUUGUAUAUGAAGCUAAUGUAAGGCUAAGAGAUCCAGUUUAUGGGUGCAUGGGUGCAAUUUCGGCUUUACAACAACAAGUUCAAUCUUUACAAGCUGAACUUAAUGCAGUAAGGGCUGAAAUUCUCAAAUACAAGUAUAGAGACGCAAAUAUUCUACCUUCUUCGCAUGUAGCUUUGCUUUCUUCUGGGGCUGUUACUGUUUCUGCACCUUCUCCAUCCUUAACUCCGGUGCCACCGCCACCGCCUCCUCCCCCUCCUCCUCCUCUUCCUCCUAGUUCCUCUUCUUCUUCCAUUUACACCCACCAGCCCACCAACGUCACCGACUUUAGCACCAUUGCAAAUGAAAAUGUCUCCUUCUUUGGUUAAUUAAAAUUUCUUACUGAUCUAAAAGGAAGCUAUUUAUUUCUCUGUCAUGAAUCAUCUGGUUGAGCAAUAAAAAGGAGGAAGAGAUUAAUUGAUACUGGUAUUUGAUUGGUUGAAGGAGUUGUUUAAUUAGUUUUUUAUUACUGUUAAUUAAACUGCUUGAUUGAGGCCUAUAUAUGUCAUUAGAUAUUGUUGGUUGAUAUGUUUCUUUCUUCUCCACUUCUUUUCCUUUAUACUGAAUUUCUUGUUUUUCACUUCUCUUGGAUCAUGUUUCUUAAGCCGUCCCAUCUAUCUUACUUCACUUCCUCCAUUACAAUGAUACCUGCAAAUGCUAUAACUUAAAGAAUAUUUUAACUGAUAACAGAUUCAAGGUCCAUCAAUGGUCUAAUUACUCCAUUGAGUUCUUUCUGAUCUUGGAAUGAAUUAAUGUGUGUGAACUCAUUGCACAUAUGCUAGAUGGAUCACUACCGACAGUUUUCGCGACAUGUUAGUCUGUGCCAUUGAUGAAGAAUCUGAAUGUUGCUUCAAGUGAUGGGAGACAAAAGGUAUGGCUGUGAUAAUCCCCAUAUGGAGGUUAGAAACUUCUUAAGUAUUUGAUUACAGUUUGGAAAACAUGUAGGAGAAGCUUUUUUUUUUUUUUUAAAUUACAUUUGUUAUAUUACUCUAGUACCCUUGUAUUAAUGAAUAGUUUGAAAACUACUAGUGUUUGAGAUUCUU